UGCACUUCCCGCUCUUCUGACUCGCUUGAAUAUUUUGGGCGCCGUUUUUGUUUGUCCCGCCAGUGCACACAGCUGCCUCUGACAAGUGCGGAGGUUCACGCUGGAAAGGCAUCUUUGGCUAAUGUAACGUGCGUCAGUUCGUCUUUUUUAUGUACACUACCAUGCCUGCAACUUCAGAGCUUAGUGCGUGUGAGGCACCCUUGCAACCUAAAGCCGCUCAGCAGCCACAACCCAGGGAAAGCUUUGGCAUGUUCUGUGACGAGCCUGGUUAUCUCGGUCAGGUGGAAUACAUUGUAAAACACGGAGCCAAAAAGGGCGAUCGCACUGGCACUGGAGUGCUGUCGGUAUUUGGCAUGCAGGCGCGAUACAGUCUGAGAGAUCAGUUCCCUCUGUUGACAACCAAGAGGGUGUUCUGGAAGGGCAUACUCGAAGAACUGCUGUGGUUCAUCAAGGGUUCAACAAAUUCCAAAGAAUUGUCAGAGAAGGGUGUGAAAAUAUGGGAUGCAAAUGGCUCCAGGGAGUUUUUAGAUAAAAGUGGUUUCACAACCAGGGACGAAGGGGACCUCGGACCCGUCUAUGGCUUUCAGUGGCGACAUUUUGGCGCAGAGUACAAAGACAUGCAUGCAGAUUAUACAGGAAAAGGAAUUGAUCAGUUACAAAAUGUCAUCGACACUAUUAAGAAAAAUCCUGAAGACAGAAGGAUCAUUAUGUGUGCCUGGAAUCCAAAAGAUUUACCUCAGAUGGCCCUUCCUCCCUGCCAUGCACUUUGCCAGUUCUAUGUGUGCAAUGGUGAACUGUCAUGUCAACUGUACCAGAGAUCUGGGGAUAUGGGUCUUGGAGUUCCCUUCAACAUUGCCAGCUAUGCACUUCUGACCUAUAUGAUUGCACACAUUACAGGACUUAAGACAGGUGACUUUGUGCACACUUUGGGAGAUGCUCAUAUCUACAUAAACCACAUUGAACCUUUAAAAUUACAGCUUCAGAGAGAACCCAGACCUUUUCCUAAGUUAAAGAUUUUGCGACAAGUGGACAAAAUUGAUGAAUUCCGGGCAGAAGACUUUGAAAUUUAUGACUAUAAUCCUCACCCUGCUAUUAAAAUGCAGAUGGCAGUGUAAUAUAUUUUAAGCACUUGUAUUGACAGUAAUGCAUUUUUUUUUUAUAUAUCCAGAUUUUGUAUAAAUAAAGACUGCACCUUUUUUCUAGUAAUUUUGAAGUAGCACUUUUAUAUAUUAAAAAAAAAAAAAAAAAAGCAGCUAAAUUUUUUUUCUUCUAAAUUGUUUCUGGAAAAAUGUUUGCUACCUUGCAUCUACAUCUGAUUUGAACAACGGGUUUAAUGUGACUGAGAAAAUGUUUUAAAAAUAAUUUCUCAAAGUUUUUGCUGUUUUUAAAAUAUUUUUCAAAUGUGGUAGUCUGUUGCUAUGGAUAGCAGCCUCACAGUCUUGUUACCUUAGAUUGUAUUGUCUAGUUAUUUGUUUGAGUUAUUUUACUCGGUCUGUUUAUAGUUUUUAAGAUAUGCUUGUGGGAAUCCAGCCUGCUAUCAGACCUAAAUUGUGACCAAACUUCCAUUGCCUUAGUGUACCAUCAAGGGUAGAUGGGUCAGUGUGAAUAGGAGGCAGAGGUUGAGAAUAGCUUCUUUCUGAACAUACAGUACUGAGACAAAACUUCAGUUUUAUCUAGUGAAGGUUGACAUAAGCUUCAUUGUUAGGGAGUGUUUAAGUAUGAGUACAUUGCAGUACAAUGUAUGAUUUUGUUUCCACCUUAAAGUUUUCUUCAAAGUUCUGUAUUGGUCUGUGGAUCUAGGAAUAGUAAACUCUGUUUGAAAAUUU